GUGCUUCUCUUAGAGCAGGGUGAACCACAGUGCCUUUCUCUCACCUGUACAAAUGCCCCCAUAGCCUUUUCCUUAUAGCUGGGGCUGGCACAGGGAUAUCUCUCACCCUGGAUUUUGGGCAGUUGUGCUGGGGGGUCAGGUCUCCCACAGAACUUCUGUACAACAAUAUGCAUACAUGCUGCCAGUGCUGCACAAAGCACCAGGGACUGUUAGUUUGCUCUCCAGGUCCUUCCUGCCUCCAGCAAACCCCAAGGCCUGCAGGCUUUCUCAGACUUGAAGCUUCCUGAAAUUAAACUGCACAGGGGUGCAGAGCAGAUGCAAAGGAAACAAAGAAAUCAGCUAAGCAACACUUGCAAAGGGGACAGCAAGGCAAUUGUGGGAGAGAAUCAUCCUACCACAUCCCAUCCUAUGCAAGAACUCCUAUGUAAUUUCAUGCCCAGCUCUAUCAAUAUUCAGUGUUUGCACAUUGGAUCAUGAUAAGCUUUGCUUUCCCAGAAAGUAGCAUCUCUUGCUGGCACCUUGCACAGUUGCAGAGACCCCUCGAUGGAGGAACAGGACUGCAUUAGCAUGGGGCCAGCUGCCACUAUGUAGCACAUGCAGAGCAGCAGGACACCAUCCUCUGGCCUAGGAGAUCAAUAAGUGUCCAGCAGCAACACCAGUGGUCAUCAUUUCUGUGGGAUGUGACUAAAGCCAAACGAAAGACUAUGAACAUGCUAAUGACAAGGUAGAAAUGAUCAUCCCCUUGGUAAUCUUUGCUACAGAAAUGCUCUUGGACAGUUUAGUAGAAAACUGAGGAGUCUGAGGUUUCCCUCAUUGCUUAAGCUGAAUUCCUCCUCAAUCCAUUCUGAAGUAUCCCUGGUAGCAGCAGCCAGCUCCAGAGGCUGGGACACAAGCUCUCAGUGACUGCAGUGAAGGUGUUGUGCUCUCUUUCAUUUCAGUCAUCCCUAGGCCAUUUCACUCCCUAUCAUUGUGUCCCUCAGUGCUGGGACGUGGGCCAACACAGCCCCCCACUGCAGUAGGCACCUCCUCACAUUCUCCAUCUCCAGUAUAAGAUGGCUGCCCUUAUUGCUGAAAACUUCCGCUUCCUCUCCUUGUUCUUCAAGAGCAAAGAUGUGAUGAUCUUUAAUGGCCUGGUGGCCCUGGGCACAGUGGGCAGCGAGGAGCUCUUCUCAGUUGUUGCCUUCCACUGCCCCUGCUCCCCAGCCCGCAACUACAUCUACGGGCUGGCUGCCAUUGGUGUCCCAGCCCUGGCACUAUUCCUCAUUGGCGUCAUCCUGAACAACCACACCUGGAACGUAGUGGCUGAGUGCCACAAGCGUGGCACCAAGAACUUCUCCACUGCCGCUACCUUCCUCCUCUUCGGUUCCAUCAUGGGCCGGGCAGCCGUGGCACCCGUCACCUGGUCGGUCAUCUCCUUGCUGCGUGGGGAGGCUUACAUCUGUGCCCUCAGCGAGUUUGUCAGGCCAUCCACCCUGGACAAGUUUCCAUCUGAGUUUGGGGCUGAGGUGCUGGCGAGAUUCCCCUGCAAAGACGUGCCAGCAAACCUCACCAAGUUCAGGGAUGAGGUGACACGGAGGCUGAGAUACGAAUCCCAGCUCUUUGGCUGGCUGCUCAUUGGAAUCGUCGCCGUCCUGGUUUUCCUCAUGAAGUGCCUGAAACACUGCUGCUCACCGCUGAGCUACCGGCAGGAGGCCUACUGGGCCCAGUACCGCUCCAACGAGGACAAGCUUUUCCGCCGCACGGCUGAAGUCCACUCCAGGAUCCUGGCAGCAAAGAAUGUGAAGCAAUUCUUUGGAUUUGUGGCACUUGAUAAGGAGGAGAAGGAACUGGUGCAGGAGUUCCCAGUGGAGGGCGUGCAGCCAAGCCCCCAGUGGAAUGCCAUCACGGGUGUCUACAUCUACCGGGAGAACAAGGGCUUCCCCCUUUAUAGCCGGCUUCACAAAUGGGCAAAAGGGGUGGAAGGGAAUGGGCCAACCCCAGAGGGCCAUGAAAUGCUCUUCUUGGCUUCCUAAGACAGAUGGGUGUUGGAAGCAGUUCCCCAGUCUGCCUGACAGGCCUAUCAGCAUUGGUGUGCAGUUCAUGGAUUUGCUGGGAAUAUGCCUGCCAGCAGAAUUACUACUCUUAGCAGGUAAAAAGGAAUCAACAGCCUCAAGGUAGAGGCUGAUAAGCAAUGCACUGAGCUGGGGAACCCCUCCCUUGGAGACAACCAUCUUGCUGGUGCUCCCAGAGGGAUAAGGGGAGCAGAGCAGAUGCACACCUUACCUCCAGGCUGCCGGUGAGCCUUGCUGUCUUAAGCACCAUCAGAAACCUGAGGGAGGAAGAGCUGGGAACAUUUCUAGCUCUGACUCUUGCAGUCCCACCUGUCUCCCCUGUGGCAGGGCUAGUCUCAGCCAUCCUACACAUCCACCUUUUUAUCGACACCAGUAUCCUCUUAUGCAGUUCUGCAGUGCCUGUUACACUGACAGGUCCUGGAGCACUUUACGGACUUCAGAAGGAAAGAGAAGCAGCGAGCACAUUCCUGUAGCAAUAAGGAUACAAUAGCAUCUGGGAAGGAGUGGGUCAGCACUACAUCAGCACACCAAAUAACUGAGAGACUAAGGCAGGAGGAAUCACCAAUAUUGUAGGCAUUCAGAAAGACACUCUGUAAUUACCAAGUUGAAAUUUGGGUAGGACACUAAACUCCCUUUGUUCUUAUUGAAGCGUCUGGCAACCUCUAAUGAGCCCAAAUGGUCGCAGCCAUAAGAAUAUAAACCUGGAAGGUGACACCAUCAGCAGAAUAGCUUUCAGGCGAGGUGGCACAGUGGAGGCUCAAAGGGAGCAUAACACCCACAGUGAACCACAGCACCGUGUGCAGCUCAUUGCAUUGCUCAUCCACCAUUGGAUGAGAGUCCUGCUUGUUUGGGUUGACAGGUUGGAACAAAACCCCAGCCAGAAUUACAUACAUAUAAUUAUGUUAUAGAUACACACAUACUAUAUAUAUAUGUAUAUAAAAUCAUUCUUUACUGUACUAACGGAGCAUAUUUCUUCCAGGGAAAGGGGGCAAGAAACUUGCCAGCCAAAAGACCACUUUACGUGCACUCACUUGCUCUAUUGCUUCUGCAGCACAAGAGACUGUGGGAAUGGGAUGAGGGGAGCAGCCCUCUCUACUCCUCUACCACUGAACUAAAUUCUUACCACUGCUUUAAACAGUCCCUGCAGCAAACUGGCUGUUUUAGGGACUCAGCUGUACUGAGAGAGCAAGGCCAGAGAGGCAUUAUACUACUGCAAUUACUGAUACUGUGCUGACUGUUUUGGCACUGUGCCCCUUUCUGCCUGAGAGUCAGACCUAUAUACCUAUAUAGGCAGGACAAUGGAGUUUGGUUUUCCUACUUGUACAUUCUCUCUACAGACACAACUUUCAUUUACACUGUGCCUUUUACUGAAAAGCCUAUAACUGUUAAAAAAAAUAAAAAAAAAAAGCUCGCUGAGCUCAGAGAGGCUUCAACACAGGCAGAUUUGAAAUAAACUAUUAAAUGAGUUCUUU